AUGACCACUUCUGACCAAGAAACCAGGCAUCGGUCUUCGGUCUCACUCGAUGGUAGAUACUUCAUUGAUUCAGAGUCUCAUCAGGUCAUUUCCCUCCGUGGCGUCUCCCUAUCUGGCUGCUCGAAACUGCCCUCGAAACCAGACGGGCGGACCCAUCAAGCCGAACUUUUCUUUGAACAUCGUCAGGUCUCCUUUGUGGACCAUCCACUAAAAUUGGAACAUGCACCCCACUACCUAGCCCAACUUGUCCGUUGGGGAUUUAAUCUGAUCCGUCUGGUCAUCUGCUGGGAAGCCCUUGAACAUGCCGGCCCUGGAAUUUACGAUCUCGAGUACAUCCAAUACAUCACUGAAUUGGUCAACCUCUGCCAGCAGCAUGGCCUCAAGGUACUUGUCGACGCCCAUCAGGAUGUUUGGAGCAGAUUCUCUGGUGGCUCUGGGGCACCCGGCUGGACCCUCGAACUCGCAGGCUUUGAAAUAACCAAUCUGUCCGAAACUGGCGCCGCUGCUCUCCAACAACUGGGGGCCCCCAAGGGGGUCUGGCCUUCGGGUUAUCAAAAACUGGCUGCUGGGACGAUGUUCACGCUUUUCUUUGCUGGGGAUACGUUUGCGCCCAAUCGAAAAGUCAAACGGAAUUUACAUCGCCAAUGGGCAGAAGAAACGACCGGAGAAGAGUUGAUUACUUUACAGCAGUUCUUACAGGGAAGCAUGGUCGAAGCCUUUGGACAACUGGCUGAUUCCUUAUCAUCUUUCGAGUGCGUCAUUGGCUUUGAACCGAUGAAUGAACCUCAUAGAGGAUUCAUCAAUCUGUAUUCUCCUUAUCAAUGGAACCCGAUGACUGACCUUUUCAUACGCGAUUGUCCGUCUUUUCUCGAAGCUGUAGCUCUAGGAGAUGGUCAUUCACAAAGAAUAGAUGUUUACACGCCCACUUGGCCGAUUCCUUCAUUUAGAUUCCACACUCGUCGUAUAACACCACACGUCAGAGCAUGGCAAUCCUCGGUAGAAUGCAUCUGGAAGGAACACGGCGUCUGGAGAUGGGAUGAGAAACGACGAAAGCCAAUUGUCUUGAAACCGAAACACUUCAAUCUGGAUCCAGCUACCGGCAAACCUUUUGAUUUUUAUAGCCAGGCUUUAUAUCCUUUUGUCUCUCGGUUCGCCGCGCGAGUUCAAAGCCAUCGACAUGAGUGGAUCAUUCCAGUCGGGCCAAUUCCCAAUGAAUUUUAUCCUAAAUGGGAUCGCUCUCAACGGCCCCAAAACCUAGUUGCUGGCCCACAUUUCUACGACUUAUUCUCACUCGUGCAUAAGUCACAUGGGACAUUGACGAUGGACGUCCAAGGGAUAUGUAUGAACAAACCAAUUUGGAAAUGGAUGCACUUUGGACAUGUCGCAGCCAGGAAGAACUAUACGGAACAGAUCAAAAACAUUGUUGAUUCGGUCUACAAGAACAUCGGUGAAAUACCUUGUAUGAUCGGAGAGCUUGGAAUUUGUAUGGAUCUUAACAAUGGUGAAUCGUUCAAGACCGGAAAUUUUUACUGGCAACAUCACCAGGUCAAUGCUCUGCUUGCAGCUUGUGAAUCGAAUAUGGUGUCUUUCGUACUAUGGAACUUCAAUCCUUACAAUACCGACGAGUAUGGAGACGGUUGGAAUGGAGAAAACUUCAGCUUUAUCAGCCAAUCUGAAGGUGAUGGCUCGAGUCCACACAGUCAAGCUAGGAUUCUUUCGGCUAUAGUUAGACCUAGUGCCCAAAAAGUUGCGGGGAUUCCAUUGCGUUCAACUUAUGAUUCAGAACAAUCUACCUUCGACUUCGAAUACAAGAGCCCUGAAGCCGGUCUGGAGAGUAAACAAGCAAGCCUGUUAAAGACUACGAGGACUGAGAUCUUUUUACCCAGUGAACGAUUUCCAGCCAACCAGAUCAAAAUCUCCGUCAGUGAUGGAACUUACUCCCAUGAAGUAAAUAACCAACUCUUGAUCUGGAACCAUUCAAACCUCGAGCCAGGAGCGAGACAUAUCAUCAAGAUUACGAGUCCAGUGCGAGUUAAAGUUGACAAACCGGAUGGAACCCGACGCGUCUCUGGAUUCACACUUGUUCUCCUUCUAUCUCUCUUCGUCGGCCUCUUGGCUCUCUGGUCGGGCGGCAGCAAAUCACUCUAA